CUCGAACGGUCGCUCCGUGUUCAACUCGCGUUCUCUUCUCACCCAGAAUUUUCCCAGCAAACCCCUCCUCCCCCAUCCCCAUCAUUUUUUUCUUCCUCGCUUCUUCUUCUUUCUUCUUAUAUUUCUCAUCAAAUCAAAAUACAACUCCCAAAAACUAUAUAUCUAUAUCUAUUCUAUAUAUAUCAUCUCCACGAUCUCCACUUUUAUUUAUUUAUUUCUUUAUUUAUUCAUACAACACACAAUCACUCCGAUUUUAACGAAUCACACAACUACUCACUUCCAUCCGAUUCAAAUCAUUUUAUAUCAAAUUUUGAACCGAAAGUAAAAAAAGAAAAAAGGUUGGAUUAUAUAUUACUAUUUAUUAUUUGAUAAUAAAAAUAGGUUUAUGAUGUUGUAAUAUGGCAUUGGAUUUUUUACACUUAUUAAACGAUGUCGCUUUACAUUGGUCGCGAAUCUUCAAAGCUAUGGAAAAGAAUUUGUGCAGAAACUACAACAGAAGUCAACUUGCUUAUUGAAAAUUGGAAAUAUAUUCUCGGUGGUUUAAUUUGCCAGUAUAUACAUGGAUUGGCAGCUAGAGGUGUUCAUUAUUUUCAUCGUCCAGGGCCGAUUCUACACGACGCCGGGUUCCUUUUGCUUCCUGAACUCGGGCAGGAGAGAGCGUACGUGAGUGAGACCGUAUUCACGUUCGUUUUCCUAUCGUUUGUUUUGUGGACCUUUCAUCCUUUCAUAUUCAAGAGUAAAAAGAUCUAUACAGUUCUUAUAUGGUGCAGGGUUCUUGCGUUUUUAGUUGCUUCUCAAAUUCUUCGUAUAAUUACAUUCUACUCAACAGUGCUGCCGGGUCCAAACUAUCAUUGUCGCGAGGGUUCACGGCUUGCAACGCUGCCUCGUCCUGAUAAUCUUCUCGAAGUUUUUGUAAUCAUUCCUCGGGGUGUUCUAUAUGGUUGUGGUGAUUUAAUAUUCUCAUCUCAUAUGAUAUUCACCCUAACAUUUGUUCGGACAUAUCAAAAAUAUGGUUCACGAAGAUUUAUAAAGCAGUGUGCUUGGCUAAUUGCAGUAGCUCAAAGUUUGUUGAUUAUUGCUUCCCGUAAGCAUUACACAGUCGAUGUUGUUGUGGCAUGGUACACUGUCAAUUUGGUCGUGUUCUUUGUUGACCACAAGUUGCCAGAGAUGCCUGAUCGCAGUUUAGGUGCACUUCUGUUACCAGUGAGCAAGGAUAGUCGAGUUAAAGAAGAAGCCACCAAACUGGUGAAUGGCAACUCUGGGGAUCCAUUAGAUCGGAGAUUAAGAAGUCAAGCCAAUGGGAAGGUGAAUGAAGACGGUGACAACGUACACGUUGAAGUACUCGAUGGUGCAUAACUGAUGAAACCAAGUUUCAUUAGGGCUUGCUUUGUCAAUAUUUCCUCUGAGAUUCAAAGACUGUUAAAACCCUUAUUUGUAUCUCUAAGUAAGAAACUUCGAAUUAUGUUGGUUCUUGUUUUCCCUUGUAUCAUCAAAUAGAGCCGUGUUGCCGCCUUCAUUUUGAUUUUAAGCUCUAGAUUUUAGAGUGUCACAGUUGUAUUAUGCACUUCGUUUGUUUUUUUAUUAGCAUUUUUUUAUUUUCAACUGUUAAUCCAGGAAAUAUUAAUUGUA